AUGUAUUUUGAAAAUGAUUUCGAGAUAGAGGUUUUCAACCAUUCUCAUCUAUUUCAAGUUUUAAGCGGAGGAGUUUGUGACAUUGCAUCAAGAUACGAUAAUGUUAGAAGUGUACCUACACACACAGAAGAUGGAAUACCCAUCAGAAAACUAUAUGUAUCAAAUCUUCCUGCAAAGACUACCCGCUCAGAGCUAUUUGGCAUCUUUGCUCCGUAUGGUUUUAUCAAAAGUUGUUGGUUGAGGAUGGGGGAUAGAGGCCCAAAUAGAUCACCAACUCCGACAUAUGCAUUUGUUACGUUCAGCAAUCCUGCAGAUGCCCACAAGGCGCUGUUGGCUCCAUUUCAUGAAAAGCAGCUUCGUGGUUACAAUCUACGUAUAUCCCCAGCUGACAGUUGGCAUCAACCAGUAGAAGAUAGUGAGGGAAGAGUGCACUGGAAGCCCCUAGGUGAAAGAACUGAUGCCCGAUUAUGCCCUAAUGAUCUUGAUCAGCAUCCUGGAUCUGAGGUGUCAAUUGCUGGUAGUUCAGCAAAUCAUGAUGGUGAAACCAAUUCUCAGAAAUCGGAAGAGGAUGAUGACAGUGAUUCAUAUAAUAUACUGAAUAUUCUCAAUCAAGAUUGCAUGUCACACAUACUUAGCUAUGUACCUGUACUGGAUUUAAUUAGAUCAGAAAGAGUUAGCAAGAGAUGGCGCAAUAUGAUUAAUGAACAUUUACAAGGUAUACGGACAUUUAAAACUUCCUGGUGGCGUGCUACCGGAAUUCGGCUUACCACAGCAGUAUUGCGUCGAUUACUGCAGCGAUUAGGGGGCUCCCUUCAUCAUUUGCAUAUAGAUCACAGCUGGUCUGCACUCAAUGACCGUACAGCUCAUACAGUGGGCAAGUACUGCCCGAACCUUGAAAGUUUAAAGGUUGUUAGUAUGAACACAAAAAAUUGGAAUCCUCUUAUAUAUGGCUGCAAAGAACUUACAGAGUUAACAUUUGUUUCCUGCCAUAAGCUUACUGACUCUAGUUUAGUUCAUGCCGUUAAACCGGAAUCAAAGGUGGAAAAGAUAAGUGUGGCAAAUAAUUCUCAUGUCACAGGCCUAUUUCUUAACAUAACUCAACCGUCUAAACUCACAUCUCUAUCGUUUUAUAACUGUUAUAGUCUUCAAGGGCCAGUGUUGUGCGUGGCUUUAAAUAUCCUACCAAAUCUGACCACCCUUAAGCUUGACUUGUGCCCGAUAUAUGUGUGGAAAGUGAUACCGUUAAUACUAAAUAAAUUGCCUCAGUUAGAAGAACUAUCACUCAGAGAAUAUAUGACGGUGGGUGAGUGUGUUAUGCAAGUCAGUACGGAUGAAUUUUGCAGUUCCUUUGCAACUUUGAAGAAUUUGAAGCGACUUCAUUUGAGUAACAACAUAUAUGUGUCUAAUAGUGUAUUGAAGCAAGUGGGACAGACGUGUCAUGAAUUGGAAUAUCUCAAUAUAUCUAAUUGUAAUUCCAAAUUAAAUUGUGUGCAACCAGGAGCUGGCGAUGAAGGUGUAAUUGCGAUUUGUUCUUCAUGUCCGAGUUUAACCUACUUGGACGUGUCAUAUCUUGCGGGGUUAAGUCACACAGGCCUCAGUGCAAUUGUCAAACUUAAGUCCCUACAAACAUUAAUAUGCCGAGGAAAUCCAGUUGUCACAACCACCCCGUUCAUUGAUAUUGUGGAAAGCUGUCAUUACCUCGAAGAGCUUGAUUUAUGUGGGUGCAACAAUGUGACUGAAGAAAUUAUACCUCCGUUAAUAAAAUCAGUUGAAGCUCACCCGAGAAAGAUAGUCAUGAGAUUAGCUGGCACUGCAGCAUAUUUGGAAAAUGAGGAAAAUGUAGAAGACAGUGAAAACCAUAUUUUGCCAGCGUGGCACAAUCGCCGUGAUACACUAAAUAUCGAUUUUAAAGACGACCGUUGCGACCCAAGAUUACGUCCCGACUUCACUGAUGACGUAUACGAUAAUAGAUCUGAUGGAUCCUUUGAAUAUGGGUUUGAGCAGGACGUCUAUGAAAAUAUUAUUGCCGAGAUGUUUUCAUCAGACGAUGAGAUGUUCUUAGAUGAUGAUCUGGAUUAUGAGGCGAUUGAUGAUGACCUGUUCGAUAAUGGAUUUUUCGUCAUUCCUAAUUCUCACGAAAACAAUAUAUAG